CGCGAGCCUGGUGGCAGAAGAGGGCGCUGCGGCAGGGGCCAAGGGCACCGGGGUGGCACCGGAUGCCCCGAGCGGCGCCCCCGCCCCCGGCGCGGACUCCUGGAUCCACGGGUUGUUGGGUCAAGUCCUCAAGGCCUCCAGCCUGAGGGUCUCCCUGCCGGAGGCACCGCCGGUGACGGUGCUGCUCCUGCAGAGAUACGUGUCCGAUGCCGCGCCCCAGGCCGGCGCCCCCUGCCCCUCUUACUACUAUGACGUGACCGUCACUGAUGGCGUCACCCUGGAGAAGUGCCACCUGGCCCCCCAGCUGAACGGCCUCGUCCACCGCAACGGGCUCUGCUGCGGCACGCGGGUGAGGAUCGCCCGGUGCUCGUACACCUAUGACGAGAGGCGGCUGGGCCACGGCUUCCUGUGCAUCGAACAGCUGGAGAUCCUGGGGGCGGCGGCGGCGGCGGCCUUCGCGGAUGCUGCCCCGCAGCUCGGAGCGUGCCAGGGGAAACCCAGCACCCCCCUGAAGGGGGGCAAGAAGCAUUACCUGCCGCUGUGGAAUAAUGACGACCCGUGUGGGGACAUGUGGGUGGAAAAGAGGCCCUUGCGGGAGGUCAGUGUGGAUGAAUUCAAACGGACAUCUCUCUUUCAUGUGGCCAUGACCUGGGAAUCCAAAAUCAACUUCCAACCAUUGCUUGUCAGAAUCAUCCAUAAGUCUCGGUUGCGGUAUUACGGAAAACCAAAAACAAAACUAGAUGUGCCAUAUCAGGCUUAUUUUGAUGUGGCUGAUCACUCUGGUAUGGUGUUAAUGGUGCUGUGGGGCUCUUUAUGCCCUGAAUGGUAUCACAGUAUGAAAAUUGGCACAGUGCUGCUGCUUGAAAAAUAUGCUGUUAAAAAAAGUUUAUCUUCUAAAACACAGUCCAGCCCUGGAGAUUUGCAGAUGAAGAGAAUCUGUUCAAUAGAGAUUGCUUUGAAUGUUCGAAACCCUUCAGCUAAAAUUAACAUCGUUCCAGAACAUAAAAUCAAACCAGAGUGGAAGUUGCCAGAAGUUGAAUAUCAGUUUAUAACAAGAUCAGAAUUGGAUAAGUUAGCACAAAAUCACUUUUGUGACAUUAUUGGACUUGUACAAUAUGUUGGACGAAUUGAACGCAAAAGGAAAAAAGGGUGUGUGGAAGACUUUUGGAUGUAUCGCUGGGUACAUGUUAUUGAUGGGACCUCAGAACAGCCUUUCAUAGUAGAAUUGUUUGCCACAUCUCAGCCAGAUAUAUUUGAGCAAAUUCACCCAAUGACAUACUUGGUAUGUACGCAGAUGAGAGUGGAACGAAAUAUUUCUGAGAAUGGCUCCAGUACAGUUUAUUUAACAACUUCUCUGAAAAGCCAAAUGUUUAUUACAGGAUGGCAUAAGGGCCAACCAUAUACAAAAGAUCCGAAAGUGAAAAACUUUAUCCAGUGGAUGAAAACUCAAGAGGAAGCUUCUUAUAUGGACAAAAUUAUCGUUGGUGGAUACUAUCCUUUCCCACCUCUCCCAGAUACAUUUUUAGAAUAUUGUAAGAAUAUGAAUGAAGAAGUAGCUUUGAUAGCCAUCAGUGAAAUGGAGAAGGAGAUUGACAGUCUGCACUACAGGGAGCAGAAGUGCAUUGCUUUUCAAGGGAUAAUUAGUGCUAUAAGAUGUGUCAGCUGUAGCAGUACAUCCCAAGAUGCCUCAGAAGUGCAACCAAUGCAGAUCAAGGAAAGGUCAUCAGUAUGUACUUCUGAGUCAGAAAGCUAUCAUAUUAAUGAAGGCAGAAGACAAUACCAGCAAGCGGGAGAAUCAACUUCUAAGCAGAAGUCACCAUCUCUGGAGCAACAAAACAUAGUAACCAGAAGUUGUACAAAGAGACAGAUUGCAACUGUAGAGACAACAGAUCAUCAUCCUGUGCCUUCUCAACAUUCGUACUUGACAAGAUCAGCAGGCAAAAAAAGAAUGUUGCACACAUUUUUGCAAGAUAAUUCCCAUGCAAAGAAAGAAAGUAAAGAAGUGAUGGAAACAGCACAAACAUAUGAAACAGGUACCAAAGAAAUAGCUGAUGCGUCUGAAAAAGUUCACUCACAGAGGACGUGCCACAAUUCCUGGGAAAGCGUUCUCUGGCCAGCUGUAAAAGACAACUUAACACAGCACUUGAACUUCAGCAAUGUUUUCCCAGAAAGCUUCCCUUGUAAAUUUAAUUACAUUCACAAAGAAUUCCUUAUGAAACGAUACAAUCUUCAAGCAGCCAAAUUCGACCCAAAAGAACCCCUAAUGAGUGAAGAAAUGAAUCACUUUGAAAAUGCCUGUCCACUUAAAUACUAUGAAGUGGCUAUUCUUGGCAUAAAUCAUGAUAUGGCUAUAGAGGUUGCCGUCCUGCAUGAUUCUUACUUAUUUCAAGUCAAAGAUACAUCACGAAACGCAGUAUUUUCUCACAUAAGUGGUACUUCAUCUUGCCAGGAGACCAUUAACCAAGAAGGACUUUCCGAGUUACUUCCACUUUCAGACGAAGAUGUAGAAGCAGCUGCCCUGGAGAACCGACAUGUCAUUUGUGUUCUGGAUAUCUGUUCUCUGGAUAAAGACAAAACUGAAGUCUUCCUUAGGAAAAUAUAUAAAAUAACAGAAGUUGAUGUGGUCAACCAAACGUAGUUCGUUAUUGACAGAAAUGUACUGUAAACUGAGAAGAGGAUUAAACUUGCAUGAGAA